CGCAUGUGUCCCGCGGUGGCUGCCGGGAAGGGCUGAAAACAGGAAGUAAACAUUGGCGGAUUGGCUUUGUUUCUAUCCAAGGGAUUUGGGUUCGGCUGCGGCAGGACUAGAGGAGGCCAGAUAACCAUGUCGGCUGCAGCUGUAGAUGCAGUUAAUACUGCCCCCCUGUCGGGGUCCAAAGAAUUGAGUUUGGAGGAACCAAAGAAGAUGACCAGAGAGGACUGGAGAAAGAAGAAGGAGCUAGAAGAACAGCGAAAACUGGGUAAUGCUCCUGCAGAAGUUGAUGAAGAAGGAAAAGACAUCAACCCUCAUAUCCCUCAGUAUAUUUCUUCAGUGCCAUGGUAUAUUGAUCCGUCAAAAAGACCUACUUUAAAGCACCAGAGACCACAACCAGAAAAACAAAGGCAAUUCAGCUCCUCGGGAGAAUGGUACAAGAGGGGUGUCAAAGAGAAUUCCAUAACUACUAAGUACCGCAAAGGAGCAUGUGAAAAUUGUGGGGCCAUGACACACAAAAAGAAAGACUGCUUUGAGAGACCCAGACGAGUUGGAGCAAAAUUUACAGGAACUAAUAUAGCUCCAGACGAACAUGUCCAGCCUCAGCUGACCUUUGACUAUGAUGGGAAGAGGGACCGGUGGAAUGGCUACAAUCCAGAAGAACACAUGAAAAUCGUAGAAGAAUAUGCCAAAGUUGAUCUGGCAAAACGAACACUGAAAGCCCAGAAACUCCAAGAAGAAUUAGCCUCAGGAAAAUUAGUAGAACAGGCUAAUUCUCCAAAACACCAGUGGGGAGAAGAGGAACCAAAUUCUCAGAUGGAAAAAGAUCACAAUAGUGAAGAUGAGGAUGAAGAUAAGUAUGCAGAUGAUAUUGACAUGCCUGGACAGAACUUUGACUCUAAGAGACGGAUUACUGUUCGGAAUCUCAGGAUUCGAGAAGAUAUUGCAAAAUAUUUGAGGAAUUUAGAUCCAAAUUCUGCUUACUAUGAUCCCAAAACGAGAGCGAUGAGAGAAAAUCCCUAUGCCAAUGCAGGAAAGAAUCCAGAUGAAGUGAGCUACGCGGGAGAUAACUUUGUUAGAUACACAGGUGAUACCAUUUCGAUGGCUCAGACGCAGUUGUUUGCAUGGGAAGCCUACGACAAGGGAUCUGAAGUACAUCUGCAGGCCGAUCCUACAAAACUAGAGCUAUUGUAUAAGUCCUUCAAAGUCAAAAAGGAAGACUUCAAGGAACAGCAGAAAGAAAGCAUCUUGGAAAAGUAUGGGGGCCAGGAACAUUUGGAUGCCCCUCCAGCCGAAUUGCUUCUAGCUCAGACAGAAGAUUAUGUGGAGUACUCCAGACAUGGGACUGUCAUUAAAGGGCAGGAGCGGGCGGUCGCCUGCUCCAAGUAUGAGGAAGACGUGAAGAUCCACAACCACACGCAUAUCUGGGGAUCUUACUGGAAAGAAGGCCGAUGGGGAUACAAAUGCUGUCACUCUUUUAUCAAGUAUUCCUAUUGUACUGGAGAAGCUGGGAAGGAGAUUGUUAAUUCAGAGGAAUGUACUGUAAAUGAAAUAACUGGAGAAGAAUCUGUGAAAAAACCUCAGACCCUCAUGGAGAUACAUCAGGAGAAACUAAAAGAGGAUAAAAAGAAAAAGAAGAAGAAGAAGAAGAAGCAUAGAAAGAGCAGUUCAGAAAGUGAUGACGAAGAAAAGAAACAUGAAAAACUGAAAAAGGCACUGAAUGCGGAGGAGGCCCGCCUUCUUCAUGUCAAGGAGCUCUUGCAGAUUGAUGAGAGGAAGCGGCCUUACAAUAGCAUAUAUGAAACUCGGGAACCCACUGAGGAGGAAAUGGAGGCCUAUAGAAUGAAACGUCAGAGGCCCGAUGACCCAAUGGCCUCUUUCCUUGGACAGUAGUAACUAGUCACAGACGGUCACCCAAGAUAAAAACAGCUGAUGUGAUACUCUUUUUAGCUUCUUGCUGAUUGUAGGUGGAAAAAUCAGUAUCCGCAAGCAGAUUUUAAUAAAGCUUCCAGAAGUCUCA